AUGCAAGGAAUCGGGUUUUCUGCUCUACUUGCGUGUGCGCUUGCAAUCGCUGCGGCUCAGGACACCAAUGUCGGAGAACAGGUAGGCAGCAUGGCAGCAGAUCCCUCUGCUGCAGUGAUUGCUCCACCGGACACGACUGCAGAUCCCUCUGGUCAAGUGACUUCUCCACCUGACACGGCAGCUCCAGGAAUGGCCGCACCAGUCGUCAUGGAUCCUGCUGCUGCUCCAGUCCCACCGGCUGACACCACUCCGGUAACGGGAGCGCCGGGUCCAAUAGUGGCCGCCGAUCCUGUGCCACUGGUUGACAGUGGCAGUGGUAGCGUCGGUGGUACUACCGAUAUCGCGACCCCAAUGACGAGGGAGCCUAAGAGCGACAAGGACUCAUCCCAGUCGCAGUCGGAUUCGGUGACGCGAUCUGACGAUUCGAGUGCUGCUUUUGCCACGGCUGCGAUUGGCGGGUGGGUUCUUAUCGGGCUGCUGGGACUUGGUACGAUGCUAUGA